AUGAUGCUUAAGACUAUAAUUACCUGUCCUACAGAAGUUUGUUUACGUUUGGUAGGCGUUUGGCCAUAUUCUUCGUAUAGAAUUAUGCAACGUGUUUUUUGGACAAUAAUAAUGGGUAACUCCACAGUAUUUCAACUUUGGUAUUGUAUUUCUUAUUUUAAAACAGCAGAUUUACUUGAUCUAUUAGAUGGCAUAACUUUGACUCUGUCAAAUACGGUUACAUUCUUUAAAUUGAUCAUUCUUUGGUUUAAUUAUCGAACAGUUCACAAUAUACUAACAAUUGUGUUUGAGGAUUGGAAUAAUCGUGCUCUUACUGAUAAAAAACAGCUUAUGGUGGAUAAUACUCGUUUAUCUUCUCGCAUUUCAAAUUUUUUAUUUGGCAUUUAUUCGGCAACUUGUAUUUUAUAUUUAGCAAAUAUCGUGCUGAUUUCCGAUGAUAUCGAUAAUACUAAUAAUGAAUUGAUUUUGAACAACAAAAAAUUAUUGCUUAAAAUGAAGCUUCCUUUCGAUUUCACGAUUUUUCCACUCUAUGAAUUCGUUAUAGUUGCACAAUUUGUAUUUGAAUGUUUUGUAGCUCUCAUAGUUGGGAUGUUAAUGGCAUUUUCUGCGGCAUUAGUAUUACAUAUAGGUAGUCAAAUAGAUAUCACAUGUCAAGAACUUAUUAAGAUUCCAAGCUAAAAGGAGAAAUCAUAUAUAUUAAAAAAUAUUAUUGUCAAGCAUCAAAGAAUUCUUCAUUUAUCUGAAAAUGUUAAAUAUUUAUUUCUAUAUACAUCAUUGAUACAAUUUUUAUCAAAUAUUUUGAUAUGCUUUCUAGGAUUUAUUUUUGUAAAUGUGAGUACUGAAAAAGGAUUUACAAUAUUCACAAAAUGUUUCCUUUAUUAUAUUGCUGCGAAUUGCGAAGCAUUUAUUCUUUGCUAUACAGGAGAAUAUCUUAUGUUUAAAAACGAAAGCAUUAUUCAAGCUGCAUACGAUAUACUUUGGUACAAUUUAAAUCCGCGAAACAGUCGAAUUAUAUUGCUGAUUUUAAUACAAGCUCAAAGACAAUUAACACUUUCAGCUGGAAAUUUUGUGACGCUUUCUGCUGAAACCUUUGCUAGUAUGCAAAAAGUUUCAGCUUCAUAUAUUUCAAUAUUAACGGCGAUGUAUUAA